AUGUCUCUGUCCUGCGGGUAUCUCCGAUGCCAUCACUCCCAGGAGACCCCCAAUAUCCCUCCUGUCACGGAGUUCAUCUCCUCAUCAUGUAGGAACCCUGAACCAGCCCCUCCAAAAUCUCUGUUUGCUGUCAACAAGACUCAGACCUCUGUGACUCUGCUGUGGGUGGAAGAAGGAGUGGCUGAUUUCUUUGAAGUCUACUGCCAGGAGGCUGGAUCUGGUCAGGAAACAAAAGUCCAGGAACCUGUCACUGUCUCUUCACAUGUGGUGACCAUUUCCAGCCUAACCCCUGCCACUUCCUACAACUGCAGUGUGACCACCUUCAGUCACAAUAGCCCCAGCGUCCCCACUUUCAUUGCAGUUUCUACCAUGGUCACCGAGAUGAAUCCCAACAUAGUGGUAAUCUCCGUGUUAGCCAUCCUAAGUAUCCUUCUGAUUGGACUUCUGCUGGUGACUCUUGUUGUACUCAGGAGAAAACAUCUACAAAUGGCCAGGGAGUGUGGGGCUGGAACCUUUGUCAAUUUUGCAUCUUUAGAGAGAGAUGGAAAGCUUCCCUAUAAUUGGCGUAGAAGUGUAUUUGCUUUCCUAACUCUGCUACCCUCAUGCCUUUGGACUGAUUAUCUUUUGGCAUUUUAUAUUAAUCCUUGGAGUAAAAAUGGAUUAAAGAAGAGAAAGCUGACCAACCCUGUCCAGUUGGAUGAUUUUGAUGGCUACAUCAAGGACAUGGCCAAAGAUUCAGAUUACAAAUUUUCUCUGCAAUUUGAGGAGCUAAAACUGAUUGGGCUUGACAUACCCCACUUUGCUGCUGAUCUUCCUAUGAAUCGCUGUAAAAACCGCUACACAAAUAUCCUGCCAUAUGAUUUUAGUCGUGUCCGGUUAGUUUCAAUGAAUGAAGAAGAGGGAUCUGACUACAUUAAUGCUAACUAUAUUCCUGGUUAUAAUUCACCCCAGGAAUACAUUGCAACCCAAGGACCACUGCCAGAAACUAGGAAUGAUUUUUGGAAGAUGGUUCUCCAGCAAAAAUCUCAAAUUAUUGUUAUGCUUACUCAAUGUAAUGAGAAAAGAAGG